AUGCCACGAAGGUAAGCUAGAUAACGGGUUUUGGGAAUCCCUUUAGUUUGCUAAAAAAAAAUUUAUAACAUUUUUAUGAGUUGAAAGGCCAUCUUUGUCAAGAAAAAUUUUUACAAAUUGUCAAGUCAUUCAUAUUUUUUGGCAUGUAAUUUAUUCUGUUAUGUAACCUGUAAAAUGUGUGAAGUUGUUUAAAUUUUAGCAUUUCAGGAUGGCUUUAACAAUCAGCAUUUUUUAAUCAACCUCUGUUUAUAUAAAUUAUACAAGUAAUACAACAUGCCAAUUCAGUUGUGCAUACUAUACUCUGAAGUAUACUGUAAUAUUAUAAAUAUUGUAACUUAAUUUAUAAUUUGUUUUCAGGAUCCUAUGUCCCUGGACAAAUUUUCCUGUGUCAUUUAAUUUCAAAAUGACUUUCUCCCCAUCACAAAACACGACAGAUCCGACAAGCAAAAACAGUCAAAAUGGAAGAUACCUUCUUUUAGUUGCCAUUGCCAUUAUCUUUCUGAUAAUUUUGAUGAUAACAAUGGAUGUGCGUAAGGACAAAUCAAGACAUAAAUUUAAUGUUAUCGCCGGGAAUGGCCUGUGGUUACAUGGCAAAAGUUCAAAGUUUCAUUAUGGUAUAGUACUAGACUGUGGUAGUAGUGGAACCAGAGUAUUUAUUUAUUAUUGGCCAGAUCAUAAUGGCAAUCCAGAACACUUAUUAAAUAUUCAGCAAAUGAUUGAUCAAGAUGGACAGCCUGUACGAAUGAAAGUCCGACCAGGUGAGUGUCUUGGUCCCAGUGGUGCCACCAGCUCGAUAAUUGGAGGGGGGGCAAAUAUUCAUAUAUUUGUGUUCACAGACCAUAAAAACAAUUGAUUUCAAAAGAAGUUAAUAAUGCAGAACACGAAGAUAUGAAUAUUUGCCCCCAAUUAUUGAGCUGGCGGCGCCAUUGCUUGGUCCUAACCAAAUCAGUAUUAGCCAGAGUGGAAAAUUUUGCACUUUAAUUAACAGGAAAUCUCCUAUGACAGUGCUGACGCUUAUGCAGCUGCCCAUGUGUCUAGUUAAUUUAUUGAUGUCUAACCCCAGAUAAUUUUACUUGUCAAGGGGAGAGUGCUAGCAGCGCUUAAUGGGUUAAUGUAAAAUAUUGCUGUUGUGGCAAACUUUCACGGCAGAAAAAUAAUAAAAUUUCUAAUGCGGCAGUGUCUGUGUCAGAUAAAAGGUAAAAUGGAAACAAACAAGUAUUAUUUGCUGACAGCUCAUUUACAUUAAUAUAAUUAGAUGGAAAAAAUUAACCAAUUCCUCUGAUUUGUUUUUGAAAGGGAUUUCAACAUAUGAAGAUAAACCUCAGAAUGCAUCAAAUUAUAUUUAUCCAUUACUAAGACAUGCAGCAAAUCAUAUUCCAAAGUCAAAACAUUCUGAAACACCUCUGUAUAUCCUUGCCACGGCUGGCAUGAGAUUGCUGUCCAAAAAGAAACAAGAUGCAAUCAUAAAAAAUCUAAUAAAUGGCAUUCCAUUACACUUUGAUUUUCUCUUCUCCUCCACUCAAAUUGAAGUGAUAACUGGAAAACAAGAAGGUAUGGUAAUUAUGAAAAUAUAAUUAGUAAACAGAAUUUUGGCUGCUCUGGUUACUUGUUGGUAAAGCUGCACUGCCUGCACAGUAUUUUCUGUUACUGGUAUAUACCCCAUUGUUUGAAUUGGAAAAUGAAAGGUCCCAUAUAUCUGCCCAUGCAUCCUGUGAACAGGGCCUACCAGAGAAAUUUGGGGGGCCGGGCAAAUUUUUAUUUCGGGGGGCCCCUAUUUUUCCCAAAAAUGUUGGGAGGGGGGAGGUGGUAAAAAAAUUUUCCAGACAUUAAUUUAAAAAAAAGGUCAAAAAAACUUCCGGGAUCAGACCAGUUAAAUGUUCGAAAAAAUUUUUCCAGACAAAUUCCAGUGAAAACAUGGGUAAACCCUUUUUUCCGAGCAAUAUCUGUAAAAUUUAGGUCUAGAAGUUUUUUCUCAUACCAUUAUUUAUAUCAAAAAAAUGUUACAAAUCAUUUUUUUUUAAAUUUGCAAAUAAAAUGAGUGUACAUGAGUGUAUAAUGUUAAAUAUCUUUUGGAAUUUUUUUAGGUAUAUAUGCAUGGAUAACAAUAAAUUAUGUGCUAGGAAGAUUCAAUCAUUCAGAUGGCAAGUACAAUUCAUUAAAAUGUUACUUCAUUUUUACUAUGCAUUAACAGACUUACUGCAGGCUUGCCUGUUCACACAUUCACAUAAACAAGUAUUUACCAUGAUCAUAUUUUAUUGUUACAACAGCUCAUGUUCAUGGCAAUUCAAGUUUUGCUCAACUCCGCAAACAAACUGUUGGUUCUCUUGACAUGGGUGGUGCCUCGACCCAAAUCACAUUCGAAGUACCAAAGUCUGUAAGUACAAAAAAUAGUUGUUAGGAAAAACAAUUAGUUUGACCUAGGCACAAUUGUUGCAUUAAUGCCUUGAUCCAAGUUUUCUUCAUGGUGGUAUUAUAUUCAUAUUUUUGUACAGGAGAAACUUCCAGCUCAUUUAACCACAGAGGUGAAUCUUGGCUGUGAUUCCCAUAUGACAAUACAUAAUUACAAACUUUAUGUUGCAACGUUUCUUGGUUAUGGUGCAAGCACUGCACGAAGUCGUUAUCUUGAUACAAUUCUCACAAAGAGAAAUAACUCAGUACACAGGUGGGCUCUUUCAUUAUCAACCUGUAGUGUUCCUACAUUGCUGAGAAUAAUAAGUAUGAUUAAAAUCGUCUGGCAUUAGGCAGAGUAAAAUAAUAAAGGGUUGAAAAACAUUUAAAUUUUUUCCUUGCGAACAUGCUUGUAUGAAAAACCUUUAACUGGAAAGCAGCCUUAACGCAUUGAGCAUGUUGUCAGUGACUCAGUGCUUUCCUCUUGAUGAGUAAACUCAUCUGACGUCAGGAGUAAAAUAAUAAAGUAGAGCACAUUAGAGUGCAAUGCAAUUUAAUUGGUUAAUAAAUAUUGAAUUACUCUUCAUCUUUUUUUCCAAGUCAUUCUCGUGUGUAUCUUGAUCCAUGUUUACCGACUGACAUUCGAAUCAAAGGCACACGCGAAGGAAUGAAGUAUCGUCUGAGAGGAAUGGGAAACUUUGAGAGCUGUCGUGAUAAACUGCUACCAUUACUAAAUAAAUCUGAAGCAUGCCGCUCACCACCAUGUUCUUUAAAUGGUGUCCAUCAGCCACAGAUUUUGUUCAACACUACGGAGUUUUAUGGAUUUUCUGAGUUUUGGUAUUCUGUUAACGAUGUGCUGAGGUUGAAAGGCGUUUAUAAUGCACAGACAUUUGAUAAAGUAUCCAAGGUAUAAUUAUAUAAGUACUGUAUUUAGUUCAAAAUAGACACUUGCCGAAUUUCCCUUUCUUUUGAGAUGUAGCGAGAGUUAUGCCUUCUUGGUUUCUCUGAUCCAGGUUGGGUAUUUAUUUGCUUGUUGUUGUUUUUUUCCAGGAGUUCUGUAAAACUACAUGGCCAGUGUUGUAUAAAAGAUUCCAAAGCCGCUUGUAUCCAUUUGCUGAUGAGCAUCGAUUCAUGUAAGUAUUCAAUUUUCGAGUACGAGUGUGGUUAAUAGUAACACUGCAUUUGGGAAAAGACUGUAUAGGUAUAUCAUAAUUCCGAUAUUAUUCAUAUUAAAACCUUGUAUGUAGGUAUCAAUGUUUCAAAUCAGCUUGGAUGACGAGCGUGCUACACGAAGGCUUCAAAUUUCCACGGUCAUUCAAAAGAUUACAUCCCACAUUUAUGAUCGCUGGUAAAGAAAUUCAGUGGACGUUAGGUGCUAUUUUGUACCGAACGAGGUUUCUUCCUCUUAGGUAAGAAUGUAACUUAAUGAAUAACUAAGGCUAUACCUUUCACUGGCUCAGUACCCAUCCAAGAUAUUUCCUCCUCAAGAGGGAAUAGCCUGGAAACGAGGUUGAAUAAAUAAUGGUAAAUUAGUUAUAAAGCUAAUGACUUUCACCUAUCCUGUUUUAGGGAAAUGCAAGUGAAAUCAAAAGUAGUAUCAAGCUCCUACCAAGCGUGGAUCAAUAUCGGUGACUCGGGUUUCAAAAUCAUUGUAUUCUUAUGUUCUCUUGUUGUUUUAUUAUCGAUGUAUGUCAUUUUCACUAAGCCCAGACUAAUAUCACCUUUGGGACGAAACUCGCCAAGUGCUUCUGGCAAAGUCAUUAGUAAAACUCCUAACUAUCCCACUGACUUCAGGAUAUCAUUGUAA